GCAACGUCUUGGAACAAAGACACCUCCGCAGCACGAAAGAAGGUGAAGGCGGGUACCAGUUUUGAUCAGAAUGAUUCGGGCCGUCGCGGGUCAGGUGUCCGCGGCGGGGGAGAUGCAUUUCGCCCGGACCCCACCCAAGCCCGCGAAGAUGCAGUCAUCUUCGCAAAACGAAAGGAAAAACAAAAAGACCUCGUCAGGAGGAAAUAAAAUGCAUUCCGCGCGAGGGCAGCACCAGCCAGGGAUGAACAAAUUCAAUCCGGCUUCCAACUGCAGUACGGCGGCCCCAACACCCACAGACCCCUUCCAGACCAACUGCUUGCUCUCCGGCCGGGGCAGCGGCGAAACUAAGUAAAGAAUUCCCAAAGAUGGAUGAUGUUGAAGAUGGAGAUGAUGAUCACGUUGAGCUUUCAUUUGUGUAUCAUGAUCAAUCUGUUGGCGUAAACUCCCCUGGAACUCCAUCACUAGGAUGGUGUCCGCAAAAAGUCGCCAGAAGCAUUCCAAAAAGUUGCCGAAAGCGUUCAAAUCGAUAUACAGCCUUCCAGCCUCUGUUUCACCCACGCCACACACGAUGGCCGCACCGAAGGAAAACUACGACCACCCGAAUACGCGGAUAUUGAACCAACAACCAGGAAGCGGCACGACCCGGUCGCGCGGCAUGACCAACAACAAAACGCCCCGGUCCGGCAGUGGCACGCCCCGCAACGUGCGGGCGUUGGUGCCGGAUGAGCUCGUAAACCACUUACUGAUGCUGGAGAAGGAACGUAGGCUCAACGAGGCCUCGCACCAAGCGCAUAUGGCGUUCUCAAAUGUUACAUUCUCAACUGUUACAUGAAUUUGUAAUGCAAGAACGGCAAAAAUGAAUGGGGGAAUCUUGCGCCUCUUGCAUUACAGAUUUGGCACAGAUUUACAUGCUAUUUAGCCACUUCGGAGAUUUGUCAUGCGAAGCACCUUAAUGGUGGCGAGCUUGGUGGCAAAUUUGCAUGACAAAUCAUGUUUGUAAAAGUUGAGAAUGUAACAUUUGAGAAUCCCAUAGCGCAGAUUCGGGACCUGCAACUCCAGGAACAGGAACGGGGCCGGAGUCUGAACCGCGCGCAGAGGGAACUGGAUCGGGAGAUUAAUGCGACGAGCAAGGAGGUAUCGAUGAAUGAUGAAGAUGACGAGAGCAGCGUACUUCGCCGAAAUCGACGUGCUCGAAACAGAACAGUGCAUGGCACUUGCAGAAGUAGAACAUUCUUGCUGCAAAAUAAAGCACAUGACAUCAACUUUUUCAGGUCCGUCGCCAAGACGCGCACGCGUUGAAGGUGCGGCAUGACUUGGAAGUGCUGGAACGGACCCGGGAAGCGAAAAUUCCUAUCAAGCAGAAAAUCGAGCAGAAAUUCGAACGACAAAUGGAGGAAUUGGUGCACAAACACGAACGCACCGAACAGAAAUACGCAAACCAGGUGGCCCGGGUUGCGGAGUUGCGCGGCCGGCUCAAAUACCUGCAAUACUGCAGAGAGAAACUGAACGGGGAAGGUAUUCAUACAAAAUGCUGGGGAUUGGAGCAAGGCGGUGGACGAGCUGAUUUUUUUUGAAACUUGGGCAUGAUGAGUUUGAUUCGGUGUGCUUCAUGUAAUAGCAUCGGGUAUGUCUGACUCUGAGCCAUUCCUUGACCACGAAAAUUCAUGAAGGUGUUGUCCUGAAUUCCAACCUGGUUUUGACUACCGAAAAUGGCACCGCCGUCGUGCCGCCGCUCACUCCGGAGGACAUGAUGCACCUGGAGAACGAGGCGAACGAGAUGCGAUCGCAAAUUCAGCAGCAGGAUGAGGAAAAUCUGACACUUUUGAAGGAAAACGCGGAGCUGAAACUGGAACUGGUCCAGCUGAAGCAGCGGAUUGCGGAUUUGGAAGGAGAAUUGAUGCAGAUGAAGAUGAAAAACGAGGCCAGCACUGUGCAGGAUAUACUGCCAGGUACUAUUGCAGCUUGGUAGAUUUACUAUAUUCAGGUCUAUGUCGCUUAACAUGGACCUACCUUGCAACAUGAACCUUUGUUCGGUAUGAACAUUGGAAAUUUCGCCGGCUGCGUCUCACGCUCGAACCUACCCGCUACUCCUGCAGGUACCCUUUCCCAUCGUUCCGCGCGCAGUUCGAUCGACAUCCGUGGUGGAUCAACCCGAGGCUCGCAGGCCACCGGACGGGCGCUGAAGACGGGGCGGACGACGGAAAUGCAAACAUCUUUCAUUCGGAAAACCACGAGUAAGGGCUCUGAAGAGGGAGAACAGCAAGACGCGGCUGAGGAGGUAAGGAGUAUUUGUAUUUGUAACUGUACUAGUUUCCACUGCGGCGUAGUGUGCGAAUUGGACUUGCUGUGGCAUGCUCGUUGAUGAUCGUGUGCAUCAUAUUGAACAGCUGAAUGGGAAUAUUUUGACGCUCCGAAGAGAAGUGCAAUUUUCCACACUAGGCCAUCAACUCCGGCACCAUCCUGGAAGACGCUCCGGCUGCCGUGCCUAACAACGAAGAUUUAGCUAAUCUUGGCGCUGUGCUCGAGGAUUUGGACAAAGACGCUCCCAUGACCGAAGACCAAAUGCGCCAGGACCAGAUCCGGCUACGCGCGUCCGCGCCGCCCACCUGCCACAUCGGUCGGGCGAACUACAGUGCGGGGUCGUUGGAAGAAGAGACGGACGUCGUGGUGGGCGAAAAUGUUUUAAAUGUAGGGACCAACCCGACCGGCCUAUCCAAUGCCCGGAACACGGCUCCGGCGAGAGCAAACAAUAUCGACAGUGCAGGCAACAAAACAUCAAAUUCCGACGGCAGCAUUAAAAAACCGAACCUGCAAAAACUUUUCCGCAACACGCGCACGAGCAAACCGAGACAGCCGCCACCGUUAGAGACGAUCAUGUCCAGCGGGGAGACGGAAGAGCACAGCAAUUCUCUCUCCCAGCAAGGCAGUCGAUCCCGCGCAUUACGGAGGGCCUCUGCGACCAAAAAACCGAACGUGAAGGCUACUGCGGCUCUAGGGAAGAAAAGCGAGACUGGAAAACGAUCGUCGGCGAAGAGUGCAGCGAGAAGCAGCACGUCAUCCAACACUGGCGGUCCGGCGAAGCAAAGAAAGACGAAGCAGGAGAAUAAAAGUAGUACUUUGAUGUCCGCGGCUUCAUCUCCUUCUCCAGCCGGAGAGGUAGAGAAAGUUGAGAAAAAAAUAACUGAAGCUGCGAAGAAGGAGCUAGCAGCAAGAGAAAGCACGACUUCUGUACACGUCGACCCCCCAGCGGCGGCUCCGGAAGUGCAAGCGAUUCCUUUUGCUGCAGAAGAGUCUGCGCAGCCCGCCGCGCCGCAGACGGCGGUGCCACCGUUAGUGCAUUCGGAGUACCAGGACUGGCCGAACUGCAAACGUUUAGAGGGAUCUCGGUCCUCGUUGAAAAUCAAGGAACCGGGGGAGCAGAAAGGUGAGUACGUACUACAAGAAUGCUUCUACUCUUUUUCAUUUUGAAUUUGAUAAAUUGAUUCUCUUUCUUGGAGUUUGACCUGAGUUAGUACCUGUGCCAGGACCACUCUUUUCUCGGCUAGAUUGCACGCCAUCUUUUCAAAUGGAACAAAACACGUAUUUUCGCUGGGUUUAUAAUCACAGCCCCCGCGGAACAGACACAGAAGCGCGAGGCAGCCGCUGCUUCCUUGUCCAGAAAGAGCACACAGCCACUGUUAAGUCCGCCAGCCCAGGUGCAGGAUACAGCCCAGAAGCAGAGGCGAACAGGAGGGGGCAGCUCCUCAACGAUCGGAUCGGCACCGUUGACGCAGCCGCCUCUGUUGUCCGCUCCGGCUGGUGGUGGUGCUACGACCACGAUGCCGGCAUCUAGAACGACAUCCCCCUGGCCCGCUGCCACACCGCGUGACAGCGCUUCACAGCAGGGCGUCAGCCCGCGACCGCCUCAAAACAGUGUUGUUCCCGGCGCAGGAGGGGAUGAGAGGCACCCAUCGGUGGUACUUAAGUUUACGGUGUUGAUGUGCACAACUGAAUUUGCAUCUGUUGUUUUGCAUCACAGACUCUAGUACUCACUUUUCCGUCUCAUCUUUUUCGAAAGUUCGAACCACAAAAUGACAGUUGAACGGUAUCUGGACCGCGUCUCGUGUGGUAUCGGAGCGCGUGGUUUCCAAAUCCCCCAGGCCGGACCAGGGCCGAGUCGUUUCCGAGCGGCUGAUCAGCACGACGCAGCUAGCCCCUCGAGUAGUGCAAAACAGUCCGGCGGUGAGCCCCAGGCCGCAGUUGCAGAACCCACCUGGAGGUCGUGCUGAGGAACAGAGCAGGAACAGUACGGGGGGAGGAAAGAACCUGGGUGUGGUACCGCCGGCAAAGACCAGUGGUAUGUGUUCGGAAUUUUUGCGCCUCCUUUUAUUUCCACUUGCAUUCUGUUUCUGCGUAGAGCUGCUGGAUGAACAUACUAGGGCUGCUGCCAUGCUUUCCCCUUCCGAAAAUGAAAUUUGCCUCGAGCUAGAGGCGAACAUAAGGAUCGACUUAGGAAAUAGACAUGACGUUCUUACUAGUAGACUUGCGUAUCUACGAAAAAUCUUCUCCUGAUAUUAAGGCACCACCCUCCCGCCCAGUCCGCGGCAGCCGCCCGUGGUCCCGGUUUUGUCUCUCCCAGCGAAAAAGAGCUCCCUGCAACUCCCGUCUCCCCGGUUGUCGGCUUCCACGUCCCCACUGUUGCAGCCCCGGAUGACCACGACGGCGAGCAGCGGACUCGCAACGGGAACUGCAGGACAACCACCACCUGAUCAUAACCUGCAAAAAGAAAACUACCGCCGACUUCUUUCCUACCCGUUUGAUUUCACGCACGCUCCACCGAUUGAUGUAGAAGCUCCAGCAGCACCGUCGCUCACGGAAGGGGAGCAGAUCGCAACGCGGGCAUUGACCAGCUCCGCGAUUGAAGAGGCUUUAGCGAAUCACCUGGUCCAGAACAACAACGGGAACGACAGCAGUUUAGCAGUGCAACCCGUGCUGAACAACAGUUCACAUCACGACACGACGAACCAGACCGACCAAUUUGGCUUGAUGAACGGGAGAUCUUCUGCGAGCUUGUUCGGGAUUGAACCGGGUCGGGAGUCGCCCGACCUUGUUGACCACGAUCAAAUUACAGUACCAGGGGAGAAUCAAAAUGGGUCUGCUCCUUCUGGCGUAUCUUCAUCUCCAAACGUCGAAAAUAACGAACAAGAAGAUUCCGUGUCCGCGCAGCUUCGUCGGCUGGAACAGCAGUUACAGCAAGAAACGGGUCUUGUGAAGAACGGUGUGACCGACGCCGAUCAGCAAGAUUUGUUUCAAGUGCAAUGCGGCGAACACCACGCGUGCGAUCGGUUCAGACAGGUGGUGCACAACGUGACCGCGAAAGCGUUACGAGAGUACCGAGUGAACCACCGAGUCUCGCUCCGGGGGUCGCUGCCACAGGCUUUGUGCCGACCAACGCUCCGGGAUCCGAGAAGCCGGGACACGUCCGUGUCACGAUCGCCGGACUUUCAUUCCAGCCCUGACUUAGCCAACAUGCCGCCCGUGCCGGAACAUGAGUAAAAUAUUAGUGGCUCCUCUGUUGAGUCGAUUGCGAUUUCCAUAUGAAACAAGCCCCACUAGAUUCGAAAAAUCUAAAUCCUAACCCUGUAUACUAAAGAAAGUGACCUGUCAAUGUCAUAAUUUAAUCGUGAUCGUGACUCGGAAUCGAAUUCGAAGCAUGAUCAUUGGCCAGCCGUCAAUAUGAAACAGUUAAGUAUCCUGCAAUACAAUGCUCCAGCCUGGUAAAGGUAAAGUAAAUAUCAAUCAAAAAACCAUUCGUUCACACGAAGCCGUAGACUCAAAGCGCUUUUCUAGAGUAACGUAGAAGAUAAAAAGAAAUGCGUACGUUUACGAAAUCGCCUUCCUAAUAAAUAUGGAGUUGCACAAGAACUUCGAUUAUGAAUUACGCUUGAAGAGAGUGCUGCUGAAUCCUUUUGAUAUUGAAAUUGCCAUGCGCAUGCCUCAGAGGAGAAAAUGAAAAUGCUAACGCUACACCAGCGAGAUGUUGCUGUAGCCACGCCACAUCAACACCAGUAAACGCGAAGGCAUUCAUCUAGAACAUAAUGACAAUAUUUUAUCCACUUUUGCGUAGCCUUUUUUGCUUUUCACAAAAAGAAGAGGAACAGCCAAAACUUCCAUUCUGCAGUACCGCUGUGCCAUUGAGGUUCCCAUCGUUCAUUAACGCACGACGAAAAGCUUCAUUCAAUACUGCGCAUCACGACCUUCUUGCUGUAGUGUCCUAAAGCAGUAGCCAUCAAUAACGUGUGUACAUGGUCGUUACUAAGACUAUCACAGGUGGAGCGAAUCCAACUACAGGUUUUCGUAUUUCCAAGAUAUUAGAAUAAAGGGUGACAACUUCUGGAUUGUUUGUUGGCUGUCGUUGUUGUCUAUGUCGGACAGAAGGGGAUCGGGAGGAUCCCAGCAACUCAAUACAAAUGCCUUUUCGUUUUCAUCUAUAAUUUCGCCUCUGGACGAUCGAACCAACGUGAAGUUUUUAUGAACCAAGCCAAUUCCAAUUUUGCUUCACUUUGUGCUUAUCGUAAAUGCGGAGGAGCAGUGUGUGGUUGAGUUUCGCAAUUUGUUUUUCCCUUUGAUGUUUUGAUGCCGUAUUCUUAUUCUCGUUCGUAGAACAAGCAGUACGCAGCUGAAUUUCAAUUCGUGGUUUAUUUUUUUUUUGUAUAUGAGAAAAAAAAACAAAAAGUAGCAAUUGUUGAUCGUGUGCUGGCUUUUAUCUUCGCUGAGAAGGACGAACCGGCGAGUAAAUUCAUUCGGGUUUAGUCAAGCGAGUAAGUUUUGUUGAAGCAGCUGUUUCCCAAAACUUACGUAAAUGCCUUUUGCCAUUUAUGGAAAACCGCUGCAGCACCGAUGAUGUUGGUGUAGCGACUCGGCUGCUAAUCAGUUAUUGCGAGGGCGUCGAACAAGAAAUGAACCGAAAGGGAAGUGGCUGUUCGUUUCAUCAUUCGGAAAAAUCAGCACG